CGGGAUGAAAAAGUGACCAAAAAAGGAAAAAAGCGCAAAAGAAUUUUCUUUCGAGGUUUUCGCAAAAUUUUCUUCAAUAUUGUUGUGAAACUUGGCAAUUUCAUCUAAAAUCUUGUAUUAGCGAUAAAUAGGACGUUUUGCUGUUGAAAUUCAGUAAAAAAAUCUUCAGGAAGUUUGCAAGCCAGAAACUUCGGUGUUACAUAACCUCAAAAUGGGGGAUCGAGGGAAAAUUUGUUCCGUGACCGUGAACAAUUUUAUUACUUACGAUUCGGUGAAGAUGUACUGUGGGCCAUAUUUGAAUGUCAUCAUCGGCCCCAAUGGUACAGGGAAGUCAACACUUGUGGCGGCGAUUGUAAUUGGAAUGGGAGGGACUUGUAGCACCUUGUCGCGUGGGAAGACUCUUGUGGAUUACAUUAAAAACGGAAAGAAGAAGGCUGCAGUUGCUAUUGAGAUUUACAAGGACGACUCACGUAAUGUGGUUGAGUUCAAUCGCAUCUUCGACAACUCCGGCAAGGAAAUCUGGAGGAUUGACAAGAAGCCGGUCACACAGAAGGCUUACAUUGAGCAAGUACGUCAAUUCAACAUCCAGGUGGACAAUCUGUGUCAAUUCCUGCCACAGGAUCGUGUUCAGGAUUUUGCAAAGAUGAAUCCGGAGGAAAUUUUCAUCAAUACCGUGAAGUCCGUCUGCAGUGCUGAGGCUCAUGAGCAAUUCCAGGAGUUGCGCAACAUGGAGAAAUCCUCCAUUUCAUCCAACACCGACAUUGCCAAGUGGAAGAAUGAGCUGAAAGAAGUUGAAGCGACAAAUGAGCAGCUCAAACUGCGCAUUGACAACAUGGAGAAGAGAACAGUUCUCCUGGAAAAGCUUCAGGUGGGUAAGAUCAAGAAGAUCCACAUGGACAUCGAAGAGCUCAAUAAGAAGGUAGAGGAUUGCAAGCGUGAUCUCGAGGAUGCAAAGAAGGCCCUGAAGGAGCACGAGAAAAAGUUGGCACCCCUUCAGGCCGAAUGCAAAGACUACACACUUCAGGUGAAGAAGAUUGAUGGAGAUAUUGUCUCGUGUAUGGAUGCGACGUCAAAGAUGCGCAGUGAGUUGUCUUCAAUGGAGCAGCAGGUGGAUGAACUCGAAUCCAAAAUCCGUAUGGCUAAAGUUGCUGUGGCGAAUGCUAAGAAGCAUAGGGAGAGCCAAAAUGCAGAAAUUGCCGAGGAAACCACUGUCCUGACAGCCAUUCUGCAGGAUCUCGAGGAAAGUGCCAAGCAGCAACCGGAAUUGGAGGCAAAGGUGCCAUCUCUCAGGGAACGCCUCAAGGACAUGCGUCACAUCACCAAGGAGCUUGAGAAAGAGAGGCAGAAAUAUGUCGAUGAGCGUGACUUGGAAAUUAAGACUGCGAUUCAGAACACAAAGCGGAAGAUUGCAGAUUUGCAGGAUGUGGAGAAGAGGCAUCUGGCAGCCAUGGAGAGUCGCUAUCCGGACAUGUAUAAAGCAACAAUGUGGCUUCAUGACAAUCGUGAUCAAUUCCGUGGAAAAGUCUACGAUCCAAUCAUCAUUGAGCUGAAACUUAAGGAUGCCCGAGAGGGAAAGUACUUGGAAAAUGUCAUCGCAGUGAGAGAUUUGACAGCCAUAGUGUGCGAGGACACCGAAGACAUGAAAUUGUUGGUGAAGAAGCUCACCAAAGAAAUGCAUUUGACGGUGAAUGUUCUUCAGAGCAAGGCGGCAAGUCAAAUUAAUUUUACUCCCAGAGUCCCGAUUAGUCAGCUCACUCGCUUUGGAUUCUCGAAGUUUUUGCUGGAUAUGGUUGAGGGUCCAUUCCCAAUUCUCAACUACCUCUGCAAGAUUUAUCAACUUCAGAACAUUCCAGUUGGGAAUGAGAAUACGAGCAAGAAUUUGGAUGAAGUCACCAGAUCGGGGCUUGUGAACUUUUUCUUCACACCAAAUCAUCGAUAUGCCGUGGCAAAGUCCAAGUAUUCCAGCGCUACGUCCACUACGUGCAUUGAGAUCAAAGGGAAGCAACUCCUCUCAGUUGCUGUGAAUCCGGUUGUCUUGCAGAAUGAACAGAGAACUUUGGGGGAUUUGCAGCGAAGGAGUGAUUCGAUGUCCGUUGACAUUGCCGAAUGCGAGAGGAAGAUUUCAUGGAAUGAGAGCAAUGCCCGCGAUUUGAAUGUUCAACUGAAGGAGAUUGAGGGGAAGAUUCAGCAAUUUGCAGGACUUGGCAAGAGGGUGAAAUUGCAGAAGAGAAAGUUGGACAAUAUUAGGGCUACAAUGGUAGAUGUUGAGGCUGAGGAGGAGAAAUGCAAGAAAGUUACUGAAGAGUCUGUGAGGAAAAUGCUCGAAGUGAUCAAGAAGAUGGCAAAUUCGGCGGAGAUGUUCGAGGAAAAGGAGAUAGAUCUCAUGUAUCAUCGAGACUACCUAAAGAGAUACCAUGCGGAUAAUGCUGACAUUAAGGCGCGUCUCUGUGAAGCGGAGAUAGCAGUGGAGAGUGCCAAGAGGCUUGUAUCUCAGAUUCAGCAAAUUUUGGAAGCUUACAAGAAGAAGGUGACUGGGCACAAAAAUGAUAUCAAGGCACUCAUUGAGGAUGUCUUUGAGGGCAAUUUGAACUACAUGGAACGUCCAGAAUUCCAUGAGUUGCCAAAUGCGGUGGCAGAACUCGAUGAGGAGAUUAGUAAUCUUCAGGCGCAAGUGGAUUGUAUGGAGGGACGCAAUGAGAGGGUUAUUGAGGAGUAUGCGGCACGUCAGAAGAAGAUUGAAGAGCUGUGCGGUAUGAUAGCCAAUCACAGUGGGGUGCAUCAGAAGUUGAAGCGAGAUAUGGCUCAAUUGCAUGGAAAGUGGUUCCCAGGAAUACAAGAAGUCAUCCAGACCAUAAAUUCGAAAUUUUCCGGUUUCAUGGCAACGAUGGGAUUUGCUGGAGAAGUUUCGCUUACGCGUGUAAGUGAGUACGAAUACUCAAGCUAUGGAAUCUGCAUAAGGGUAGUCUAUCGCAACAAUGAGUCUCUACAGCAACUCAAUAGCUUCCUUCAGUCCGGUGGGGAGCGCACCGUGGCCAUUGCGACGUACACAUUGGCACUGCAGCAUCUUAGUCAGGUGCCCUUCCGCUGUGUCGAUGAGAUCAAUCAGGGAAUGGAUCCAAAGAAUGAACGCAAGAUUUUCGAGAUGCUCGUCGAUGAGACUUCCAAGCCGGGAAUGUCUCAGUACUUUUUCAUCACUCCAAAGCUUCUUCCGGGCGUUAAGACAAACAAAUACAUGGUUUUCCAUUGCGUCUUCAAUGGACCACAUAUUGAGACUCCUCUGCUCUUCAUAAAUGACAACAGCACCGAUAACUAUUACCCAAAAAACUGAAUUACAGGUAUUAUUUCACUUACUUUCAUUUAAACUUUCUUAUAAUGUGAUUAAGCUAAUUUAAUCCAAACCAUGUGAAUUUCUUAUUCGAUUCUUUUAUGAACUAACUGAAUUCCCUAACUUCUCAAUAUCAUAAAAUACAUUAUGAUUAAAACUCUGUGUAAUAUUGAAUUCAAAGAAACAUGAAAUAAAGUUUUAAUUUUCGACUUUCACAUUAAAAA